AUGGCACUCGCGUCCUUUUCCGUCUUUCAUCCUCCAGAUCUACAGAGUUCAAAAACCUUCGAGAAAAUCUCACUCUCCCUUUUCUCACCUCCCAAACACUCAUUCCUUCAAAUCAUCCCGUGUCAGCCCAAAGAUGCCUCAGUUCCCGAUCUCUAUUUUUGUCUUUUUCUCUUUUUUGCUUCUGUUUUCGAGCGUUUUCACCCUCGGGGAGCCGACGACAUGCUCGGGGAUAGUGCCGUUGAGGCACAGGGAAAAUAGGUUCUCUAUCACGGAGUUCGGCGCCGUCGGCGACGGCACGACGGUGAACACCAAGGCUUUCGCGGCUGCGAUCGAUCGGAUAGAGCGGAGCGGAGGCGGAGGAGGAACGCUUCUGUAUGUGCCUCCUGGUGUGUAUUUGACUGAGAGCUUCAAUCUUACCAGUCACAUGACACUUUACCUCGCCGGCGGUGCCGUCAUCAAAGCUGUUCAGGACGCAGAAAAUUGGCGUUUGAUUGAUCCUUUGCCAUCUUACGGAAGAGGAAGAGAGCGCCCAGGAGGAAGGUACAUAAGCUUUAUUCAUGGUAAUGGACUCAAUGACGUCGUGAUUACAGGCGAAAAUGGGACAAUAGAUGGCCAAGGAGAACCUUGGUGGAACAUGUGGAGACAGAGGACUCUAAAGUUCACAAGACCGAAUCUUGUUGAGUUCAAGAAUUCUAGGAACAUUGUUAUCUCCAAUGUAGUUUUGAGGGACUCACCGUUUUGGACCAUUCACCCGGUUUAUUGCAGCAACGUGGUCGUUCAUCACGUUACAAUCCUCGCUCCAGCCGAUUCUCCCAACACCGAUGGAAUCGAUCCAGAUUCGAGCACGAACGUCUGCAUAGAAGAUUCCUACAUAUCCACCGGGGACGACCUUGUUGCUGUGAAGAGAUCGAUGGUCCAGAACCCGGUUCUAUAG